GGGCCGAGCCCGCCCUCGGUGAGCGCCGGGGACCGGCAGGGGGCUCUGGAUUUGGGUCCCUCCCCUUCGCUCAGAGUCUCGUAGCACUCGGGCUCUCAGACCCCACCUCCUGCCAGGUGCGCGCCGGCGGGAGAGGAGGACGCCUCUCUCCUCCCGGCACCCCACCAUGGGCAAUACUUACAACGUCUCCCAGUCCGAGAACCGCGAAGAGCCACGGUGGCUCCCCCCGGGCGAAAGCCCGGCCAUCAGCUCCGUGAUGUUCACGGCCGGGGUGCUGGGGAACCUCAUUGCGCUGGCGCUCCUGGUGCGCCGCUGGCGGGGCGACUCGGGGCGCAGCGCGGGCCGCGGGAACUCCAUCUCGCUGUUCCACGUGCUGGUGACAGAGCUGGUGCUCACCGACCUGCUUGGGACCUGCCUCAUCAGCCCCGUGGUGCUGGCUUCGUAUGCGCAGAACCGGACGCUGGUGGCCCUGGGGCCAGACAGGCGCGUGUGCACCUACUUUGCCUUCUCCAUGACCUUCUUCAGCCUGGCCACGAUGCUCAUGCUCUUCGCCAUGGCUCUGGAGCGCUACCUAGCCAUCGGACACCCCUACUUCUACCGGCGCCGGGUCACCCGCCGCAGUGGCCUGGCUGUGCUGCCCACUAUCUACAUAGUCUCCCUGCUGUUUUGCUCCCUGCCGCUGCUGGAACAUUGGAAGUAUGCCCAGUACAGCCCAGGGACGUGGUGCUUCAUCGGACACAAGCAGACCACGUACCUGCGGCUUUACGCCACUCUGCUGCUGCUGCUCAUCAUCGCCGUGCUCGCCUGCAACUUUAGUGUCAUCGUCAACCUCAUCCACAUGCACCGCCGGGGCAGGAGAAGCCGCUGCGGACCCUCCUUGGGCAGCAGCCACAGGAGGGCAGAAAGGGUAUCCAUGGCGGAGGAGACGGACCAUCUUAUUCUCCUGGCUAUUAUGACCAUCACUUUCGCCGUCUGCUCCUUGCCUUUCACAAUUUUUGCAUAUAUGAAUGAAAACUCUUCCCGGAAAGAAAAGUGGGACCUCCUAGCUCUUAGAUUUUUAUCAAUUAACUCAAUAAUUGACCCUUGGGUCUUUGCCAUCCUGAGACCUCCUGUUCUGAGACUAAUGCGUUCAGUCCUCUGCUGUCGGGAUUCAUUAAGAACACAAGAAGCAACACAAACUUCCUGUUCUACACAGUCAAAUGCCAGUAAACAGAUUGACCUUUGAGGAUGGUAGUUAAGAAGUGCUAGUUAACCACCAUCUGGAAGAUCAUUUUGAAAUGGUUCCUUAGAGAAAUGGAAAAAAGUUAGUUUAUAAACACAAUGACGUUACCCUAAUGAAACAGAGUAAACAAAUAUUUCAGGAGUGGUUUGGGCUACAGAUGUGCUGACCAGGCACUUCUUGGAAGGUGUCAGAAGGAUCUAUAAAACCUGCCCUCAAGAAGCAUGUUUAUGGUCUUUGGAGGAACAACCAACUGUAUUUAUGAUCCCGUGCCUUUUGAUUUAAGCUUUCUUUAUGAAUGAGAAAGCAUGUAGUUUUGUAAUUUGUUUAAAACCCUAAAUAGUUACUGUGUUUUCUAUUUUAAUCUUCUAGGCCAGUACCAUUGUAAACAUAACAAUGUACAGUCUAGCCAGAUAAAACUUAUGUAUUCUCUAGGAAGUGGAUAUGGGCAAGCAACCAAGCCUGGUGUCUUGUGAUUGCUUAUCAAGCCCUUUCUUUGGACAAUGAGUUUGAAAAUCAUAAGUACUUUGUACUGUAUGUUUGUAUAUGUGGGAGCAUGCUCUUGUCACGAUAGUAUUACUUAUAGAAGAGUAGGCUCAGUUGAUCAAUGUCAGCUUUUUCACCAUCCAUGAAAAGAUGUGUGUCAGAGUGUCAGGUUAUUUAUUUUAUAACAUCUGUUGAGCUAAUGGUAACUAAAAAUUGGACUUUAGGAAUUUUUCUCUCAGUGAUAAAUAGUAGGCUAUUAAGAGAAGUAAUUCUCAUGAAUAUUCUACUUUUUAUUUCCAGGGAAGGGUGUAUGCGGCUAUGUCUUAGGCAAAUAUUAGAAUUAAAAACUGAAAAAUCUGGUCAGUUCUUCAGUUACACUGAACUCUUUUAAUGCUGAUGUUGAGGCUGUGAUUAACAUACUUUAUAGGAUGAUUGUGUUGUAGCAAAAUUUAUCUGUCUGUAUGUUUAUCUGGGAAACAUGGCUUGACUCAUGCUGUAUAGGAAAUCAUACAGUGAGUCAUAUCUUAAUAUAUUUCUAAAUCUAAA